AUGUUAAUAUACGUAAUACUUUGUACAACAGUUUCAAAAUCUCAAAAACAAAACUUCUUUAGAUUUAUUGAAGACAUUAAGCAACAUGUUGUUAAGAAUUUUCAAGAGACUAUUCGCUCAUGUGUUCCGGCGAUUGUUUAUGCAGUUCAGAAUAACCUUUAUUUUAUUGCACUGCGAAAUAUCAACGCUGCCGAAUAUACGGCAGCAUAUCAACUUAGGAUUUUAGCUACGGCACUUUUAUCAGUGAUUAUGCUCAAAAAAGUUGUCAACAAUAUUCAGUGGCUUUCACUGAUUACACUUUUAACUGGUGUUAUUUUGGUGCAGUUACCACAGAACGGACCAGUUCGGCAGACGGUAGGUCCACCAGAUGGUAUCUUUGUUAUCGGAAUUCUUGCUGUUCUUGGAAUGUGCUUUACCUCAGCUUUUGCAGAAAGUUUAUUCUACGGAUGGGAUGGUUUUGCUUGGUUGAUAGUUAUCAUAAACGCCGUUGGUGGUUUAAUUGUUUCAGCGGUGAUGAAGUACGCUGACAACAUCAAAAAAACACUUUGUCAGUCUGUGGCUAUUGCAUGCGUCUCGUUAUUUGCAAUAUUAACGCAUGAUGCAGAAGCGGAUACAGCACUUUUUAUUGGUAUACUUCUGGUGGUGGUUUCCACCUAUAUCUAUUCUGCAGAAGCAACAAAAAAUGAUGCUAUGACACCGUCGAAAUAG